UGAGCGGCAGCAGUCUAACGGUUAUGGUUAUGGUCAUAGACAUGUCUAUGUCUAUGAUUAUGGUUACGACCGGCAUUUGCGAGCGAGAGCGAACGUCGUACGUGCGCGCUUCCGGUAUUACUGGUCAAAGAUGGCGGCCGCCGCCGGAUCAGGUGUCGUAGUUCCGCGCAGCUUUCGGCUGCUGGAGGAACUGGAGGAAGGUCAGAAGGGAGGUGGAGACGGUACAGUGAGCUGGGGCCUCGCUGAUGAUGACGACAUGAUGCUAACUCACUGGAAUGGCAUGAUCAUCGGCCCCGCCAAGACUGUCUAUGAAGGCAGGAUAUACAGUCUGAAAAUAGACUGUGGACCUAGAUACCCAGAGCACCCCCCUCAUGUCCGUUUUGUGAACAAAAUCAACUUAAGCGGUGUGAACAGUUCAACUGGUGUGGUGGACAUAAAGGCAGUGACAUCACUCUCACGGUGGAAGAACUCCUAUAACAUCCGAAUAGUGCUGCAGGAGCUCAGACAGCACAUGAUGAUGAAAGAGAACAACAAGCUCUCCCAGCCACCUGAAGGCCAAGUGUACAACACCUGAGGCCCCUGCUGCUGUCUCUCACUGUCACACACAUACACUCAUGUAAGCAUACACACACAAUGUCUUACACACCGACUCUUGCCACUCUCAAACUACAUAACUAUCAUGUUAUCUUUGUACCAUCCCAUCAUAAAGAAUACUGUAUAUCUUACUAAUGUUAUUUUUUAUUAUCAUUUCAUUUUGUUCUAUAUUCACACUGUAAAAUAACACUUGACCUGAUUUAGGGCACCAAAUUAUAUUUGUGUGUGUGUUUCAUUAACUGAAACUCUACUGAAAACUGAACUGAAAAAACUACUCCAUUUCAGCAACCCUGAAUUAAAUAAUACUGCUGUUUGGGAUGACUCAAAGAGUUCAGUGUAAUAUUGCUGUAUGUAUCCUCGCUAAGAAAAAAUGUUCUCCUUUGUUUGGGCUCCCAGUCUGCAUUGAUCUCACAUUCCCCACUUUCCACAAAAACCCGAUGAUGUGAAUUUGGGGGGAAGAUACAGGUCCUUUUUCUUUCGUUGUUGGGAACAUAGUGUGCUUGGCCUACAUUUUUGGAUUCUUUCGUGUCUGGGCUGAUAUGUAUACUCCAUUGAGUUGUCAUUUCUCUCAUACAGUGAAUCCCCACUGAAUGAAAUGGAUGACUUUGGAUGUUUAUUUUAUAGUUGAAUCUAAGUUGAAGAGUUGAAUCUAAACAGGGUGAUGGUGACCUGUUGCAUGGUUUUAUUUGAAUUAAACAUUAUUACUUUUGCA